UGUUUGCCCAGAAGCCCAUACAUUUUGGACAACGACACCGGCAUUGCUACCUAAGCUAAAGAGAGGAAAUGAAAAGGUUUGUGGUCAGCAAACUUUUUUUUUCAGUUAUAUGGGGGCGUGAGUCUUGCGUCUGGUCUUCUCGUUGAGUUGUGCGACUGUACAUGCUUGAAGACAUUUGCAUAGGUUACUGAACUGGACAACACAGCAGACUGUUCAGGGUGGAACUAGCUAGCUGAUUGUGAGUAUCCUGCGGGUCUCUGAAACACUUGAGGAGUUUAUUUGUGGAACUUUGUAAGCUGAUGCAUUGGGAUGAGAUGGCUGGAGAGAUCCAUGCAAAGCGACUUAACAGGUCUGGGACCAGGAGAGCGUCUUCCAGCACUCUCGCUGCACCCAGACUGCCAACAGUCAUGCUGACCAGCCACAGUGUUACCCUUGAAAAACGAGCCCUUCAUCGAUUGGCCCUGCCUGCUCACAUGUCUAAGAGACAGUCCACAGGUAGCACAGGACAGAAGGCUAGAACGAUGCCAGAUUCACCUGCUGAUGUCAAAACCCAGCCCAGGUCAACUCCGCCCACAAUGCCACCUCCACCCCCUGCUGUCAGCCAGGCAGCCAAUCGCAACGCAUCAUUUACACCCACAACAAUGCUGAAUGGGAGCAGUCAUUCCCCCACAGCACUAAACGGAGCUCCCUCAACCCCCAACGGCUUCAGCAAUGGACCGGCCACCUCCUCUACCGCUUCUCUGCCCACCCAGCAGCUUCCCCCUGCCUGCGGAGCCCGACAACUCUGUAAGCUUAAGCGUUUCCUCACCACACUGCAGCAGUUUGGCAACGACAUCUCGCCCGAGAUUGGAGAACGUGUACGCAGCCUGGUGCUGGGGCUAGUGAACUCAACUCUAACCAUUGAAGAGUUCCACUCCAAACUUCAGGAAGCCACAAACUUUCCCUUGCGUCCCUUUGUCAUUCCAUUUCUCAAGGCUAACUUGCCCCUCCUGCAGAGGGAGCUGCUUCACUGUGCUCGGAUGGCUAAGCAGACCCCAGCCCAGUAUCUGGCCCAGCACGAACAGCUGCUGUUGGAUGCCAAUGCCAGCUCUCCCCUGGACUCCUCCGAGAUCAUGCUGGAACUCAACGAGCAUGGCAAGAGACGUACCCCGGACAGGACCAAAGAGAGUGCAGGGGACAGGGAUGUCUUGCACCCGGAGCACCUGGCCAAACGUCCAUGCACAGUGAGCCCCAGUCAGCGCUUCAGCCCAAGCAGUGGUUUACCUGCUCACCCUCCCCCCAAUGGCCUACCGACGCAUCCACCCAAUGGCCUUCCACAUCCUAACCCUCCUGCCCCACAGCACUACCGUUUGGAAGACAUGGCACUCGCCCACCACUACAGAGACGCUUACAGACACGCAGAGCACAGGGACGUCCGGGAUCGUCACCGGCAGACAGCCGUGCAUGGAACACGUCAAGAGGAAGUGAUUGAUCAUCGGCUGACAGACCGCGAGUGGGCUGAGGAAUGGAAGCACCUCGAUAACUUGCUGAACUGUAUCAUGGAUAUGGUGGAGAAGACGCGGCGUUCCCUCACCGUGCUGCGACGCUGCCAGGAGGCGGACCGUGAGGAGAUGAACCACUGGAUCCGUCGCUAUAGCGAUGUGGAGGAUAUGAAAAAAGGUGGGAGCUCCACCCAGCGGCCUCCUCCUCUUCCUCCCCACCACAACUCUUCCUCCUCCAACACUCCUAACAGCAGCGACACACAACCGCUAGAAAUCCACAGAGACUUCCUGCACCGGCCCCCGUCAGGCUACCUACCCGAGGAGAUCUGGCGGAAGGCUGGUGCUACAAGUAUCCCGCUCUCGCCAGCAUUAAAGCAACUCCAGAACAAGCAGGAAGAGGCAGUAAAUGAAGUGAAGAGACAGGCCAUGUCAGAGCUGCAGAAGGCGGUGUCGGAUGCUGAGAGGAAAGCUCACGAGAUGAUCUCUGCUGAGCGCUCCAAGAUGGAGAGAGCUCUGGCCGAGGCUAAGAGACAGGCCUCUGAGGAUGCGCUGACUGUCAUUAACCAGCAGGAGGACUCCAGUGAAAGCUGCUGGAACUGUGGUCGCAAGGCUAGCGAGACGUGCAGCGGAUGCAACACUGCGCGCUACUGUGGUUCUUUCUGUCAGCACAAGGACUGGGAGAAGCACCAUCACGUAUGUGGCCAGGGCCUGCCCGGGAGUAGCAGCGUGCCACUCGGGACACCAUCUACCACCUCCAUCUCCUCCUCGUCCAGUGCGCCCCCCACACACUCCGAAAGCACCCCUCCAGGCCCCUUGUCCCUGGUGGGGCAAACCAGCAGCAGUGGCAGUCCCAAGGAAGCGAGCUCCAGCAGCGUUUCUCGCUCAACCACUCCAGCAACACCCGCCCUGAUGGAUUCCUCGUCCCGCUGACUGAUGAACCCCAAAUCUUAACCCAUGCCCAGCCACGUCUACUGCUGCUACAGCAUCCUUCAUCCAAAACAAGCUGAGGAACCUCCACCAUACUUAACAUCCUCUCAAAAUGAACUACGGCAACCUGGCUUCCACAUCUACAUUAAGAUCUUGUUUUCUCAAUCUCCAAAAAAACCAUCAAGGCUCAGAUCCUUCACAAAAGGAUCUACUGUGUUUAAAGGCACAAUAUGUAAGAUUUUUUGAUUAAAAUAUCCCAAAACC